CAGCCGCGGCAGCCUCCAUCGCCGGGAGCUCCAUGGGCUUCUCCUGCGCGCCGCCCGGUGUCUGGCCGAGUCCAGUGAGCCGCGGCGCCUCGUGUCGGGGAGCCAUCGCCGCAGCACGAGGCCGGGUCCCGAGUCGGGGACUGCAGGAAGAGCGACGGCGGCAGCGGCGGGAGCCCCACCGGGGGUCUGGGACUGGGGAACUGCCUCAGGCUUUAUGAUGCCAGUAUGGACAGAAUAAUUUAUGAUGCUUAUCCCCACCCACCACUUCCGAGACAUUGAGCGGAAACCAGAAUACCUUCAGCCGGAGAAGUGUGUCCCACCUCCCUACCCUGGUCCUGCGGGAACCAUGUGGUUUAUCCGUGACGGCUGUGGCAUCGCCUGUGCCAUUGUGACCUGGUUUCUGGUCCUCUAUGCGGAGUUUGUGGUCCUCUUUGUCAUGCUGAUUCCAUCUCGAGACUACGUGUACAGCGUCAUCAACGGAACUGUGUUCAACCUGCUGGCCUUCUUGGCCUUGGCGUCCCACUGCCGGGCCAUGCUGACGGACCCCGGGGCAGUACCCAAAGGAAAUGCCACUAAAGAGUUCAUUGAGAGUUUGCAGUUGAAGCCUGGGCAGGUGGUGUACAAGUGUCCCAAAUGCUGCAGCAUCAAGCCUGACCGAGCCCACCACUGCAGUGUUUGUAAGCGGUGCAUUCGCAAGAUGGACCACCAUUGUCCCUGGGUCAAUAACUGUGUCGGCGAGAACAACCAGAAGUACUUCGUCCUGUUUACAAUGUACAUAGCCCUCAUUUCCUUGCACGCCCUCAUCAUGGUGGGAUUCCACUUCCUGCAUUGCUUUGAAGAAGAUUGGACAAGUGAGUACAUGCCAUGGUUUUUCCUUCCUGCUCCAGGGUGGGUGUGUGACCCACGCAGG